AUGGGUUCCACAGAGCCAAUCACAGAUCCAUCUCUCUUCACCAUCACCACCCCAAGCCUCUUCUCCCUCAACAACCGAACAAUCAUAGGCAAGCUUUCUCAGACUCUCUCCCAAGAAGCCAUCCUCGAGUGCGGCGGCGAUGUCAUAGCCAUUGAUGCCCACGAGAUUCCUCUAGCGACCACAUGGGAACCCCUCAAAGCUCUCGCAAAAUCCCUCUCCCGCACCCUUGUCUACCAUGCCUGCGACAUCACCUCCCCGUCUCUCCUCGAAACGACCUUCCAAACCGCCGCCUCCGAAGUCCAGCAUCCUCUCCGCGGCUUAGUCAACUGCGCCGGCGUGGGCACCGUAGGCGAAUCCAUCAACUAUCCCGAGUCACAGACGCGACAAACCCUCGACGUGAAUCUCGCAGGAAGCUUGUACGUGGCGCAGGCGGCGGCCAAGGUUGUGAGAAGGCAGUUUCAAGAGGGGAAGAGUCUGGGGGCAAGUUUCGUGUUCAUAGCGAGUAUGAGUGGGUAUAUUGCUAACAAGGCUACUCCUACUGCAAUCUACUGUGCCUCCAAAGCCGGCGUCCACCAACUCACCCGCUCCCUCGCCGCCGAAUGGGGCUCUCCAUCUUCAUCCUUGGCUUCAUUCUCAUCAUCCCUAGACGACGCAGCAGCCUCUUCAGGUCCAGUCAUCCGCGUCAACUCCAUCAGCCCAGGCGUCAUCUCCACACCAAUGACCCAGCAAGUGCUCGCCCGUCAAGAUUGGACGUCGACAUGGCAGGAAGAAGCCAUGCUCAAGCGCAUCUCCACACCGGACGAGUAUCGCGGGGCCGUUGCUUUCCUCCUGGGGGACGCGAGUUCGUAUAUCACUGGAACGGAUCUGCGGGUUGAUGGAGGAUCGACAGGGUGGUAA